AUGACCGAAGCAGAACAAAUAAUCAAGAAGCAAAGAACUGAAGAAUCAGAGCAAAGCUUAAGGGUCUUUUUACGUUCAGAAAAUGCUACUUUACCUACUAGAGGUUCAGUCUUAUCUGCUGGAUAUGACAUUUACGCAUCCGAAGAAGCUGUUGUCCCGGCACAAGGUCAAGGUUUAGUUGGCACUGAUAUAAGCGUUGCAGUUCCUAUUGGAACUUACGGAAGAGUUGCUCCAAGAUCUGGGUUAGCUGUUAAGCACGGUAUUUCUACUGGUGCUGGUGUUAUAGAUGCUGACUACCGUGGUGAAGUCAAGGUUGUUCUUUUCAAUCAUUCACAAAAAGAUUUUCAAAUCCAGAAGGGAGAUAGAAUUGCUCAAUUGGUAUUGGAAAGAAUCGUGAUGGCUGAUAUUAAGCAAAUAACUGCUGAAGAAUUGGAUACUACCGCUAGAGGUGAAGGUGGGUUUGGAUCUACUGGUAAAAAUUAG